UAGUAAAUUUCACAAAGAAUUAAAAGAUAUAAAUGUUGCAGAAAAAAUGACUCAAAUUACUAGUAAGUUUCACAUUUACAAAAAGUAAUUUUAAAGAAAUUGUAAACAAUAUACAUAUAUAUAAACAAUAAAAACAAAACAUAAUAAUAAUAAAUAUUAAAACACAUUGAGUACACGGCACAGAAAAACUAUGCAGUGCGUCAUAUUUUUAAAAUCCAUAAUUUAAACUCGUUAAUAUCUUUAUUUUAAAGCAAAUCAACCUUAGUCUCCGCAUAAACUCGUCUGUCGUUUAGAAAGCGAUAAACAAACCGGCUCCGCUGCUGAAGAUGAUGAUGUGAGCUCCUCCGGUGCUCGGUGUAUCUGAUCAGCGUCGCGUGUUCCGGUGUUUCCGGUGUGACGGAGCGAAGCGCGCCAGCGGCAGAAGCGGUGAGUCAGCGCGCGGCGCGGCGGACGGAAGAUGGCAACCGAAGCGCCGCUGCCGGUGACCGGAGAACGGCCGCGAGCCCUGUGAGAUGGACGAGAAGAGCUCAACACGGCGACAAACACACGAGAAAACGUCUCGCACUCCGCGCAGAAGCGGCGCGUUCGGUUCUGUCGCAUUUUCCCCGCGCGUCCCGAGCGAUCAUCACCGGAGAUCCAGCUAUAAAGACUGCGGUUCACCGAAACACUGCGCUGACGUUAUUCCAUCUGUAACGUUACUGAUCACGGAGAAGAAGAAGGAAAUAUGAGAGAGAGAGAGAGAGAGAGAGUGAGGCCGAUCGAGCAUCAGUGUGAGUGGGGAGGGGCUGGUGAGAGGAUACUCACUGGAGAGCAGUGGGAGGAGCCUCAUAAUCCUCUCAGCCAAUGGCGCGGUGGCGAGGCGGAGUCAGGCGGCCUCUGCAUCACACAGCAUCCCUUCAUUGAGCUCCAGCGCUCCGUCUCUGCUGCUGUCACGGACAAAGGAUGACAUCAGCGCCGCUUCAUUGAGAAACACUCAUAUUCAUAUUCAGAGCUCCUCCUGGCUUUGUUGUGUUUUUAUCAGAAGAGGAACGCUCAUGAAAUGCUCAUGCGAGGCGACUGAGAUGCUCUUUCUGAAGCGUUAGCGGCGAGAGAGGAGGAAGAGGAAGAGGAAGAGGGGGAGGAAGAGGGGGAGGGGAGCCGAGCCGCAGAGAGAGAGAGAGAGAGAGAGAGAGAGAGAGAAGCAGGAUCCCAGAAGCACCUGUUCCUCUGCUAUGAUCAUGGAUAUUAACGUCCCAUCUCAUCGCUUCUACUUCCCGCAGAUCUACUGCGAGCCCGGCGUGCCGCUCACCGACAUCAAGAUCAGCGAGCAGAGCAUCUGUCAGGCCCGCGCCUCCGUCAUGGUCUACGACGACACCAGCAAAAAAUGGGUGCCGAUCAAACCGGGUCAGCAGGGCUUCAGUCGAAUCAACAUCUACCACAACACGAGCAGCAACACCUUCCGCGUGGUGGGAGUCAAACUGCAGGACCAGCAGGUGGUCAUCAACUACUCCAUCGUGAAGGGGCUGAAGUAUAACCAGGCCACACCCACCUUCCACCAGUGGCGUGAUGCGCGGCAGGUGUACGGACUCAACUUCGCCAGUAAAGAGGAGGCCACCACCUUCUCCAACGCCAUGCUGUUCGCCCUCAACCUGCUCAGCAGCCAGGACGGAGGUCCAGCUGUUCAGCGUCAAGUCCAGAACGGGCCGAGUUCAGAAGAGCUGGAGGUCCAGAGACGGCAAAUGGAAAUGCAGCAGCAGCAGAUGCAGGCUCAUAUCGAGCGGGAGAGACGAUCGUCCAACUCAGGUUCCCCGUUUCAGGGUCACCCUGUGGUGCUCUCUGUAGCUCCUCCCAUUGUGGCUCCGCCUCCUCUGUUGAUGGGCGGUCCCUGUCCCCCUCCUCCUCCCCCACCUGGGCCGCCGCCCCCUUCCGCUGGAGCUCCGCCCCCUCCUCCGCCUCCUCUGCCUGUGGGCGGGUACGGGGGUCACGCCCAGGACGAUAGCCAAGCCCCCACGGGUCUGGCCGCUAUGAUCGCCGGAGCCAAACUGCGCCGUGUGCAGCGGACGGAGGACAACUCUGCGUCCGGAGCCAAAAACGAAGCCAACCGGACCAGCGGAGGAGGUGGAGGCCUGAUGGAGGAGAUGAACGCGCUGCUCGCUCGCAGACGGAAAGCAGCAGACGAGAAGAAGGACGGAGAAAGCCAAAGCGACGAUGGCGCGUCUCGUGGACAGAACGCCGCAGACGGAGUGAAGAAGCCGUGGGACCGAGCCAAUUCAGCCGAGAGAUCAUCGCUGGUGUCCAGGGUUCGACCCGUGGGCAGCAUCAGCGACUCAGACGCCUUAGACUUCGACAGAAUGAAACAAGAAAUCUUGGAAGAAGUGGUUCGUGAAUUGCACAAGGUGAAGGACGAGAUCAUUGACGGUAUGUUGUGUGGUUUAUUCUCCAGUCGCUCAAACAGCAGAUCUGCGACGCAGAGGUCAUGGGUUCGAGUCCCAGGGAACACGAGAGAUGACACAAUGUAAAAUGUGCAUGUUAAAUGCGGUCCAUUAGACAUGAACUCAGUAGAAUCAGCACCACAUAAUGUCCAUCUCCUCCGAGAGCCCAACCCCUGCAGAUCCUGCUGUAGCGACGCGAGCCGGACGUUACAGCCGUAUUAAAGCGCACGGACUGACGGCGUCGCCGUUUUAACACGUCUGCAACGUCGAGGAACCCUGAGCGUGGAUGAAGGACACUUGCACUGAUCUUACCGUUCCUGCUGUACGUUGAUUUUGGUGGCAGUCUUUUCAAAGUCUUUUGCAGAAACUGAAGAACAUAGAAAAACAUCUGGAGUCCUUUUAUUUUGUCUGCAUCAUUAUUGUUAUUAUUAUUAUUAUUAUAGGUGUAGUUGUAGUAGUAGUAGUGUUUUCAUGUAGGCAGAGGUAGACAUAGGAAUUGACAAUAAUAAUAAUAAUGAUAAUAUGAUAUCAUUGCACAUCACUUCAGCGUUAGCCUUUUAUAUUUUUACCGUUUUCAUUUUCCUUGAGAUUCAUCAUAAGCACAUUUCUCAUUACCUCUGUUUUUAAGAGUUUUUUUUAUCCUUUUUGCCAUAACGAUGUAUUUUAUCACUGAAGGAGGGUUUUUAAAAGCGUAGGCUGUUCUCGAGUUAUUAUCUGACGGACAAACAUCACACACCAGAGUAUUUGUGAUCAUGUUGUUAAUAAAAUGUUUAUUGGCUGCGAGGAUAUGGUGAAGUAUUGUUCUGUUUUAUGAUUUCUCUUUUUGACCAAGUGCUUCCUGGUUUGAAAAAAAAAUAAUAAAAGAUAUACAUGACGUUUAAAAAGAAGUGAAAUAAAGUGUGAAGGUUGUGUUGGAUGACGGUGCCGGU